AUGCUUGCUCCGUUCCAUAUUCCAACAUUACACGCAAUCCCUAUGUCGAGGCGCGUUGUGGGCGAUGGCGAGCAACCUCAUAUAUCGCCCACCGGCGGCUAUGUCGACCAUUAUGCUCUCCCUGGCGCUCUCUACCAUGCGAUUGAUGCCCAUGUGUCUUUGGGCCGUGUGCAUCAAGAUUCCAACGCUGCAUUGACCGCAGCACUGCAUGGGCACUCUACAGCCAGCUUGUCCGGCACCACAAUUCGGGAUCCAGUUCUCGUGCACCAUCCACAUCUCCAAGAAGACUGCGUAGACGGGAGAGACUCGAGAUAUGAUACUCACAGUGGCAUACCCAAUCCCCAUCCUGGCUUCAUCAUCCAAGGCACAAUUGCCCUAUUUGGGAUUCCCCGCCUAGUGGCUACCCUCCGAAUGUGGCAAGGACCGCUACCUGCAAGCAGAAUUGAUGGUCGUCCGAUUCCACGUGUCGAACAAGCUAAAUUGGACCAACCGCUACACCUAUCGAUGAUCGAGCCAGCAUUUACUGGCUCUCCAUUGGACAGGGUGAGCUUUAAAGAGGUGGUGGUCUUCUAUCAGAACUGUGAAUAUGACCCGACCAAGAGCAUCGGAUGGCACCUCAGCGCUGACUGGGUGAUCGACGAGACCUGUGGACCCUUACUGGAUAUUCUCCAGAACAUUCUCCACAUCAAAGAGCCUAAACUUCAGAUACAUGCAUGGCUGGGGUUUGACCAUGAGUGGAAUACGCCACUAGAUAUCGAUAUCAUCACGUUGGAAGGCGUUUUUAGAGGACUUGAUAUCAAACUUCUGGACGGCGUGCAUUUUACAAGCAUUGGAGUCCGGCUUUUUGGCCUUCCAACUCGUAUACAAGCAGCUAGAUACGACUUUGCUCUACUCGGCGAGCUGGCAUUGUCCGUCCCUGGAACCAAAUUGCCAUUGAAGACGGAAUAUGAAAUUCGUUGCAGCGACAGUACUAUCUCACUCCAGGCGGCGCUUCCUGGCUUUUGGGAUGAUCCUUUGGGGGUCAGAGGUUUCUCGGUUCGUUUUUUACCUUGCUGCAGCAAAUCUAUUUCUUCGGCCCCAUUGAUUCAAACUAAUGAGGGCCCUGCUGAUUUGUGCCAGGUCGGAAACGUCUGGUUCGGGACUUCUUUUGCAAUAGGUAGCCCCCUGAACGAGCUGACAUUUGAGGCCUCGGCGACGUUCGAAUGUAACGGGACCUUGGCAGCCUUUCAAGGCUCAUACACUACUGGAGGCAUCUUUAGUCUGACGGCCAGGGUAGAGAGGUUUAAUCUUGGCUCUAUCUGCGACAUCUUUCAUGCUCUAUACGGGGACACUAUCUCGAUCCCCGAUAUCGAUAUUGAGAUUGAAUCUGCCAGCAUUAACAUUAUGUCCGGUAGAGGACUGACUGUUACCUUGACAGGCGUAAGGGUAACAUCCUACGUGGUGCUAAGUGCAAUUCUGUCGUUUAGCCCAACAGGAGUCUUAAUCCGUGGAGAUGUUCACGGAGAUACAGUGGACUUUGGAGAAGUCCGUCUGAUGGGAGCAUAUAUGCAGCUGGUUUUUCCAUCCUCGAAUGCCAGAAGUUGUCCUGCCAGUAAGGAAGCGCACAAGCUAGAGGUCAGUUUGGGUGGGAAGGUUUGUUUUAUGGAUUCAUUGACCUUUGAUGCCGCCGUUCAUCUUUACUCUCGUGGGGGUAGCAUGCAGUGGACGAUUCUGGCAGCUCUCUCCUCUGAGGAUACACCUUGGCCUCUGUCCAAGCUGGUUUCGGAGGUUCAAGAUACCUUUUUAGAUAUAUCUCUCUCGCAUGUAAUGUUUGCUGCAGCGUCUCAGGAUGACCCAGAGUUGGGGCAUUUGGUGUGCAGCGUCUACACGAUUAAAAAAGGUAAAACAGUGCUUCUCACAAUGACUAUGGCCUUGGGUUCCGCGCACUCAAACCCAUUUUCUCCUCAACAAACCGCUGACCCCCCCAACAGGAAUCCAAGUAUGCGCCAUGGUUGA